GCAGACGGCGGAGAGCUGAGAUGGAGCGCGCCUUGGCCCGCUGGCCUUGGCCGCAGCUCCUCGGGAAUAAGCGGGGCGCCCACGCGAGAAUCUCCCCACCUGGGUCUCUUCAGGGAUGACAUCAUCCGUUCACCUCCUUGUCUUCAAGGACCACCUCUCGAUGCCACGCUGCUGCCAAGAGGACACUAGGAGCUCCGACCCCUGGAUGGCACCCGCAUACAAAGCAGCCACUGGCAGAGAGCCCCCGGGACGAGGAUGAUGGAGGAUGAAGAGGACCAGAUCCGACCAGCCAGCUCUCCCUCUUGGCUGAAUGCUUGAACCAUUGCCCUAGUGAGGGGGCAUCGGUCAUUAACCCCUGGCCUUUGCUAUGCUUAUGCCUUGAUGCUGUGAAUACUUUCCUCUAAGUCUCUGCUUGUGUUCAUGUGCCAGUGACCUGGAGUGUUUCCCUCCCCAAGGAGUUGUCAGUCUCUCUCCGAUGACAACCCUGUUGUUGCCUGUCUGAUGUCCUGAACAGAAGGAUCCCUUUGGGAACUUCUCAGGAGGGGGACCUGGGCCAAGGGCUCCACCAGCAUCUCACUGGCAAUUCCAAGGCCCAGGGUGGGCUUCUGGAAUGAGCAUGAGCCCUGGACGCCAUGCUACCGAACUGCCAAGGGCAUCCCCACCUCUUCUCAGAUCUCCCUGUUCUUUCUGGGGAACGGGGACAAGAAGAGCAGCCUCCCAGGGUUGUUGUGAGUAUUGAAUGAGAUAAAACUGCCUCAGGCAGCGCUGGGCGUAGAGUUGGUGGUCAGCAAAUGUCUGGUGAAAAAAGUCUGGUAGAUCAGUCCCUUCCCACCCCUGUCACUCUCGUCUCAUGCUUCUCGUUUAUUCUCCCGCAGCACUCCAGGCAGCCCCUGUCUGCGGGGCUCUCCUUGAAGCAGCCAAGCUUCUCGAAAGGCCUGUCUACACUUGCUGUCUUCCUUCCUCACCUCCAAUUUCCUCUUCAACCCACUGCUUCCUGACUUGUUCUGCUCCGUCGAACGACCCUACCUCAGGUCAGCCCUGUCCUGGGCACACCGGCUGCGACCUGGCUGGGGCCGGCCGAAGAACCAGAUGGAAGAGGCUGAAGCAGCCCCCGGAGGACCACUGGCCUGCACCACCGAGCCUGCCUUGCUGCCCGUUGCCUGACAUCUCAGGCCCAGCCCCGUGCCUCUCCACUUCCUCCUGGUUUGGGUUGAAGACACUGUCCGGAAUCCUCCUUGGAAGGAGAGCCCUCGACACACGACCCAGCACCCUCCAGCGUUCAAAUCGGCAGACUAGGAUGGAAGUGCCCUUGUGAGCUGGGGGGCUCUUCAAAGGGCCAAGGAAAAAACGCGGGCCGAGGGACCAGCCUCUCAAACGGGCUUCGAGCUCCAAUGACCUUCGCUCACCCCCUUGAAAUGUCUGGAAAACAGAAUGGGCAGAUUUUCUGUCUUCAAAGUUUCCGGCUAAACCUCUUCAAGUUCUUUAUUGUUUGGGACUGAGACACUCAGCAAUGGUAAUGGGUAGUUUCUUUUGUAUUUGCCUUGAAAGGCCAAAAUAUUUUCAUAUUGCUACAGACAAAGCCGUCUAUUUAGAAAUGAACGCCAUGUCUGUCCCUUCCCACUGGGGAGACUAUGUACGACGUGUGUGUGUGUCUUUAUGUACUCUAGGGUCUUGAAACAGGUUUCUCAUGGGGAUGGCCAUUCACUGGGGUCCAGGGGGACACGCCUGCCCUGCCAAGGGGGCCUGGGGAACCCGGCCCUAAUUGCACAUCUGUCCCAGUUGGUCUAGGACGUGAACCCCGGGAGGGUCCAGCUGCACUAACAUUGACUCUGCCUCUGCCUGCAUCUGCCACGUGUGUGUUUUGGGACUGUGGCUUGUGCCUUGGUGGUCAGCUUGGUGGGAGGAAGCAGGAGGGUCUAAGAUACUGUGGAUGUUCUGUUUCUCUUGUUGGGAGGUCAUUUCACGGGGAUCUGUUACAUGAUCCAAAUAAGGGCCCACGGAUGCAUGAAUGAAGGCAGAAAGGAGUGGAUCAACAAAUAAAUAGGUAAAGAAGUGAGCAAGCCAGGAUGAGAGUGCCGUGAACGAGAUCCCAUUUGAUGCCUAGGACAUUGAUCUCUAAAUCAAUAAAGUAUUGAAUCACUGUGUAAAGAGAGCCCCAUAUGAGCUGAUACUCAGUCCUCAUGGACCCAGGAAUAGGUGUAAUGCAAAUAGAUAGCGCCUGAAGUUUACCAAUAAAAGAAUAAAAUGUAAAUAGAAGAGAGAAUGACCAAGGGGUGGAAAUGCAGAAGCCGGUAGCCACAGGCCUGUGUCAUGUGCUUACAUAGUCGCUAGGAGGCUAGAUCUUCUGUGAAGUGUUCUGAUCACAAAUGAUAGCAAUGAUAAUGAUCCUUCUGGGCGGGAGGAAACUUCUGGAGGUGAUAAAUAGGUUUAGGACAGGAUGGCGGUGAUGGGUUCGUGGUGCACACUGUGUGUGAAAACACAAUUAAAAUUAAAAAGCAUAAAGAGAAGGUCACUGAAAGGACUCCCAAAGCACUGGUGAGAACAAGAGGAUGAGUCCCAUCAAAAUAAGCCGGUGCAAGAGAGGGAGAGAGGGAGCAGGUGAUUGGGAGGGAGAGAGAACACGACAAAACAUAAAUAGUAAAUGGAAGGAAGAACAAGCAUUUUCUUAAAUUGGGGGAUGCACAAAUAUAUAAGGAGGACUACGUCAGGUGAUCAUAAACCAGGAAUUAGGACGAGUCCACACGUGGGCUCCUGGCAUAGACAAAUAAUUAGCAGGUGAAAGGUCAAAGAAUAGGUAAAAAAAAAAGAGAGAGAGGACCCAGGACACCAAAGAAGAGAGUUAACUUUUACUAAAAGUUGUCUAAUUCCAGGCACACAUAAAUAAAUAAAUAAAUACAGAAAUGAAAGAAAGCCAAAGAGAGAGAGUGAGCAGUGGAAACUCUUGGACCCGGAUGGGAGCAUGGCCUGAGGGGCUUGUGUCCCCCAGUCCUGGGAGCUGAGUCUGUCCCGUGAAAGGAUAAAAGAGAGAAUAAAGUAAAAUAUCCAAAUAAAAAUCAAGAAGCACGGAAGGAAAAAGGACAGGUUGUCGGUCCAGAAAUACAGGAAUGGGUGAAUACGUACAGGUAGACGGUGGUAGGAUUCGUGGUGGAAAGCUGUCAUGCAGCAGAUUAUGGUGAGUCCAAUUCUACAAGCCAGGGUGCUAUCAAUAAAAUAAGAAGUCUCCAAAUCAACAAGUAAUUCAGGAUCCAGAGAAACAGAUGGGGCGGAGUAAAGGGGAGCCGGGCCCAUGGGCAGCAGGGUUGUCAUUAAUCCCAUCUGGGCCCCAAAGCCCCCGGAGAAGGAAGGCAGGCAAGUGGAGGGGAGAAGCAAAGCUGAGCAGGAGGGAAGAGCAGCUCUCAGGGUGUUGGCAACCCAACAGAGAGAUGGGGGGAUAGGUAGGGGAUCCACAGGAGAGGGUGGGCUCAAACCGCGGAUCAUCAUGGGUCGGAGUCUGGGCAUUCACUUCCAUUAAUAGUGGAGUAAGUAGCUGAUAAAGAAAAAGAAAACAGGAAGGGAGAAUGGUCAGAAGGAAGGAAGGAAGGCAGGCACCCAUGGAGGAGCUGCAGGGGUCAGGGAUGGCCAUUUGCAGGUGGCAUUAGGAUUCAUCGGUCUGGGCGACUGAGCACCGAAGAUGCAAAGAACGCAAGAAAGGAGAGACAGAGAGAGAAGCAGGAGAACGGGUUGGGCUGGGGCAGACGGUUGACUAUAGAUUAGCAUGUUUGCAGUUAGGUGUGUUUGCCUCCAGGAGCAUAAAAAUAGGUACUUAACUAGUGAGAAGGACCCGAGGGAUCCAUGAGCACCCUAGGGAAGGAGUGAAGGAGAAAAAAGGUUUGUGUUAACUGAUGAGGAGGGUGCCUGAUUUCCAAAAGAAUGAAAGGCAGUGAGAACGAUUGAAAGGGUGGGAGAGAAAAAAAAAAACAAUCAAGAUGGGGAAAAAAAAUAAAAAUGAAAAAAACCUAUAAAAAAUAAUAAAUAAAUAGGUCAAACAGUUAAAGUGUAGGAGAGGGAAAUGGCUUAGCAUCAAUUCAUCCACAUUCAUUCAGAUCUGGGGCCCCAGAGUUUAUAAAUGAUAAAAACAAGACCAUAAAUAAAAAGACCGACACACAUAGGUAUGCGAGAGGGAGGCUCACACUGGAGCCAAGAACACGAGCAGGCGCCGUGAGCCCAGAGUUACGACUGAUUCAAAACUGGGCUCUGGAGACGGUGAAAUGAAUCCUAAACCAAAUCGGCAGUACGAGGAAUUAACGAACAAAAGGGAGCCUCGCGUGCGCGGGCGCUGCAAAGGAUCUGGGAGCCACAGAUUAUGGUUAAUCCAAUUCUGUGCACCUGAGGUCCAUAAAUAAAAGAAUAAAUAUUGAAAUAGAAGGGUGACAGAAAGAAUGAAUGGACACCGGAACGACUGAAUUAGAAAUGGAGAUGCCUGGGACAGCCAGGAGAGCGCUGCCCUUGGGAUCUUCACUCAUCGGACUCCAUGCACCUGAGGCCCCCUCCCGCCCCCAGCCAAAAGAUGCAGGGACCCAGCACAGAGGGGAAGAGAGAGGAGAGUGGAGGGAGACUAAGUGAACAAGGAAGCGGGGGAAGGACACCAGAGAAGGGCACUGUGGGUGUGUCCGAAGGAGCAGGCUCUGUUAGGAUUAGCCACGAGCUCCUCAGUCCUAAGGGUUUCUAGAGCGAGGAAAGUGGAGGGAGUGGAAAAAGAAGCGAAAGACGAAAAAGGGAAGAUAAUAAACAUGAAAACAACCACAGUGACAAAUGGAGAGUUGGGAGAGCUUGUCUGAACAGGGAUUAUAAUUAGUUUACAUACACUUUCCUUAAAUAGAUAAAUGCAUUACCCCUUUCAGAGAAUAAAUGAAAAAUAAAGGAAAUACCCAGCCCAAGGACAAGGCUGCAUCUUCCAGCACUGUAAUAAAAUAGAUGCAAUGGAGGCCCCUGAAUGAAUGAAUAAAUAAAUACCUUAAGUGUAAGAGCUGACUCAGUGCCAGGAAGAGAGACUGCAGACGUGCACAGUGGCGUGGUGCUCGGUGUGCAGGGGGCGGGGGGGGGGGGGGCUUACCUGGCGGUUCUCUCACAGGGGAGCAGGAGUGGAAAGGAGGGCCCUGGGUGGGGGGGAGUGGACUCAUCCUCUCGUGGGGAGGAGCGAUAGAAAGUCAGGAAGGUGAGAUUUGGGAAGAAAUACAAGAAAGGAAUAGGGAACAAAAAUGCUGAAUGAGCACGUAAAUAAAGCUUGUGAAGGGAGGUCUGCAUGCCCAAGGCUGAUUGUGGAGGCCCACAGAUGAGGGAAUUAGGUGUAAAGGGAUGCAUGGAGGAGGAACUGGAAGGGAGGGACGGAGGGAGGAAGGAAGGAAGGAACAAGGAAAGAAGGAAAAAAGAAGGAGGAAGGAAGGAAGGAAUAAGGAAGGGAGGAAGGAAGGAACAAGGAAGGAGGGAGGAAGGAAGAAGGAAGGGGGAAGGAAGUAGGAAGGAGGAAGGAAGGAGGAAGGAGGAAGGAAGUAGGAAGGAAAGAAUAAGGAAGGAGGAAGGAAGGAAGGAAGGAACAAGGAAGGAGGAAGGAAGGAAGGAACAAGGAAAGAAGGAAAAAAGAAGGAGGAAGGAAGAAACAAGGAAGGAAGUAGGAAGGAGGAAGGAAGUAGGAAGGAAAGAAUAAGGAAGGAGGAAGGAAGGAAGGAACAAGGAAGGAGGAAGGAAGAAAGGAAAGAAUAAGGAAGGAGGAAGGAAGGGGGAAGGAAGGAAGGAAGGAACAAGGAAAGAGGAGGGCAGGUAGGCAGGCGGGCAGGCAGAAAGGCAGGGGCUUCUCUGGCCCUGAGUCCAGGCAGCUGAACGAGAGGGUGAGAGGAGGGACGGCUCUUGGCCUAUCGUGUGCUUGGUGCGAGCACUUUGCCUGGCAGGGAGGAACUGGCUCAGGAAGACCCUGGCUGCGGAGGGCCAGGGCGCCAUCCUGGCUAUGUGGGCCAUUUCACCUCAUUUCUCUGAUCCUCAGUUUCCCCAUUGGUAAACUUGGAAGGGCAUCAGCUUCCUGCUUGGAUUGAUCGUGGGGGCAAAUGCCGUCCCACCUGUUGGCAGUGCCCUGUCCACGGCCCUGGGUAGGCGGAGGGGCUCGGGCCCUGGGCCUUGCAGAAGGCUGUGUGAACCAGGAGUGUGGGGCCGGGUGGGUGUCUUGGCCCCUCCCUGGGCUGGGUCACCUGUGAGGGAGGCUCUUCCCGCCAGGGGGCAGCAGAGGGCAAGGGAGCAGGAGGCCCUGGGGCUCGUGGGCCCCGCCCCUGGGCUGUCCGGGUGUGGCGCCACCCUUAUGCAGGGGCUGUGCAGGUUAGAACCGGGCCAGGAGGGCCUGAGAAGGUUGACCCAGGAGCCCAGUGACCCAGGUGCCCAGAGGCAAGUCACCGGAAGCCUUGUUCAUGAAACCUUCUGAAAUGUGCCCAGGUGCCCUCCAGCCUGGUCUUCUAGGGGGUGGGCCGCUUGCCCUUCUCAACGGGGGGGGUGGGGAUGUCUUGGGCAGGUGCACCUCGGCCCGGGGUUGCAGACGUGGUCCCGGGAUCCCGGCCCCCUUGACAUGGCAUCCCCAGAGCCCGUUUCAAGGCCUCACUGUCUUCUCGACUGUUUUCCGAUGUCCUCUGUAUCUGGGCAGAGAUCGCGUUGGGGUGUGUGUUGGAAUUGUCCUCUCUCCUCCUGACCUGCCCUCCUGGGGCCGUGGCAGGUCGGGGAGUUCGUUUGUACUGACGUUUCUGACCCCAGGGACUCCCUGGGUCUGUCCAGUCUCCGUUCUCUGUAGUGGACGGGGUCUGUGCAAGUUGUCUGUUAUGUGCCUGUUUGUCUGCAAAAACUAGAACCGAAGUCCCCCUCGAGCUCUCAAUUUCUCUUUGGGACAUUAAACCAAAAUUGGAUUCUUGACCAGUGCCCUGAGCAGGGGGAGCCAUCUUGGCCGGAGCCUGGGUGUGUGGCUGGGAGCACGAGGAACCCAGAGGAGCCGGGCUGGGUGGGGCUGGCGUUGGGGCUUACACCUGCAAUGACUUUGGACCCUGGGUGGGAGCAGGCGCCGGGGGAGGGGGGGCUGCCGCAGUGGGGGCCAGCCAUGCUGAAGGUGUUCACUCGGGGCAGUGAAAUGGGGGGCACAGGAUUCAUAGCUGUAGAGUUUGAGACAGGACGUGAGGAGGGAAGUGAGGGCGGAUUGGGUGACUUCCAUGCCUCUCGUGUGGCCCCGAAUGGAGGAUGGAAUUUAUGCGUCAGGAGCCACCCUUCUGUGCCUCCAGAAUUACAUGCCUGGGCCACGUGAGCAAGGCCACAUGGGCCUAUAUGCUGGGGCUGCAGGGCUCUGCUCUCCUUCCCCUAGGAAUCUGGGGGCUCUGGGCUCUGCCUCAGCCGGCCUGAAGCCUGAGGGGUGCACUGGCACCCUGAGACACCUGCUAACACAGGGACCCCCAAAGAGCUUCCCUAAUCAGCCCACAUAUCACCCUGUGGACUAGGGUGGGGGCAGGAGGGGCCCGGAGCAGGGAGAACCCUUAUGUGGUUAUUUUAAGUCAGCUGAGGAGCAGGAAAACUUUAAAAUGUUGGGUGUGCAGUCGGGGGGAGGAGGAAGGGGCCACACCCAAAUGCCCAGAAGUAGAGGAAGGGGGACAUACCUCUAAGGGAGCCUUCUCCCCGUGUCUGAGGGGCUGUUGAGAGGUCCCAGGGGCUGGAAAUGGGCCAAUGGGAGAAGCUCCAGGGAGACUUGCGGGUGCCCCGAUGGGUGUGUGGGUGGGGAUCCAGUGGAUUGUUUGUGUUCUCAGGAAUGCAGAGGGCAUGAGGAUUGUCAGGUCAGGAUGCGCAGAGUCUUUGGCUCUUAAGAGUUUUAAAUCUGCUGUUCUAAGGGUCUCCGUUCUGGGGUGCUGAGAUUCAGGACAUGGCUUCCCCCCUGUCACCCCUCCCCACCAAUGGCUGCAGAAGCCAGAGUAGGAUUCCUGUAGGGGCCUCCAUUUAUCCCAACCAACCCAUGAGCUCCGAGUUGGGAUCUCAGUGCUCCCCUCUGAUCAGGGCACAUCUUCAGUGUGUUUUUCUUUCUUUUAACUUAUUAAAACAAGACCAAAUUUUCUCUCUUGGACUUUGACUUUUGCAUGCACUCCAUGCACAAAUCCUUCCCCUGGUGACACCAGGAGCUCUAUUUAGACUCCUCUGUGACUCCCAAAUUCCUCCUCGGGAAGCUCAGCCUCAGGACUGACCUUCCAGAGGCUGGAGGCUGGAGGCUGGGCCUCAGGGGCAGACAGGCCAAGGCCCCCCUUGUGUUCCUAAUGUAAAUGGUGUGGAUGGCACAUGACCUAGAGCGGGAGGUCACCCAUCACCCUGACACGUCAUGCCACUGUCUUUCUCCCCUUCACAUUCUUGUCUGUGGGCAUACUUUUAUUUAUUUUUUUUAAAUGGACAUCUUUUUUCUUUUUUUUUUAAAUAAGCAUCCAGUUUUUAAACCUUGCCCUUUUCACCACAUGCAUCCUGCGUUGUCCAUGCAAUAUUUUUGUCAUCAGCGUUUUUCUUUUUUUCCAUGGAAAAAAAUAUCAUCACCUCACUGGCUGUGUCGUGUCCCAUCGAGUGGUUAUAUGCCAUCGUUUGCAAUGCCGACCUGCUAUUGUUAUGUAUAACUCAUCUUUUUUUUUUCCCCCUAAUGCUAUGAAUUCCACCACGGCGAAUGGCUUUGUGCACAUCAAUUUUUUUCAUUCUUACGAAUUGCUUUCCUUCACCCUGAAAUGACCAUUGCUUCAUGGCAUGCCAGUUUCUCCUGCUAGACUGUGAGCCCCUUAAGGGCAAGGAGCUUGCCAAAUUAAUCUUUGUACCUCCAGUGCCCGCCAUGUUGUGAAUGCUGCAUGGAUGGCGUGCCGGGUGAGACGGUCGAAGGAUGAGUGAAUGCAUGGAUGCUGAAUGUAUGAUUGGCUCUCCUAGGGUCGAGCUUCUUGAGUGAAAGGCCAGGGAGUUUGUAUGGGUGUUGACUAAUUUCCGAGGGCCUCUAGCAUUUUACAAUGUCCAGUGAUGUAUUAGCAUUUUGUUAAGAUAUUGCUAGUUUAUCUCUGUUAAACAGUGUUUUUCUGUCAUAUUAACUUGCAUUGCUUUGAUUACUAAUGAAGGUUGAGCAUUUUCACAUAUACUUGUUAACCAAUUGUAUUUUCUCUUCUGUGAACUGUUUGUCCAAGUCCAUUGGGUCAUGGCUUUCUGGUGAGACUGGUCGAGGAUGGAAUGGGUGUCCUUGGGACGCAGUGAGCCCUCCGUCACUGGAGGCAUUCAAGGGGCAGGCCAGGCAGACACCUGAUGAGGGUAGUUUAAAGGAGGUUCACACAGCAGGUGUGGGGUUGGUCUAGACGGUCUUGCAGGUCUAUUUGACCAAGAUUUGCUUCUCCCUGGAAAUGGGGGGUCGGGACAUCUUCCAUUUGGCAGCCUGGCAACAUGUAAGAUGGCAUCCCCUGGGUGGGGGGUUCAUGCAUUUAUGAUUUAUAAACUCUACACCGCACCCUCUGGAACUCUCGUGGGACAGGAAUAUCUCUUUGACCCUCCGAGGUCCAGAUAGCCAUGCCUAGCAUCUCGUGCAGUUAGCUGGUGACUUCUCACCAGCCCUGACACCCAGCCCUAUUUCCCUUUGAGGAAGCCAGCCCCCUGGACCAUCACUUUCCACCUCUUAGGGAAUCAAGAGAGGCCAUCUGCUGUCCUUUUCAUUCCCAGUGUCCUGUGAUGUGUGAGCAAAUGUCCCCGAGGCCUUAGAUGGAUGGCACGUAUUGGGUCAGGACUGGUGGAGAAUCCUUCAGGUUUUCUUCAGCGGGGCAAUUACAUUUUGUGAUCCAAGCAGCAGGAUGGACCCCAUGGUCUUCCUGGGUUUCCCCUUGUGCCCCACUACAAACGAACCUCGGCUCAAAGGCCAUCGAGACCAUUUGGCGAGGGUGUGUUCCCCACGGAGAGCUUGCCCUACCUUCCAGAACAACCCCUGCCCUCAACAGGGAGCUGCUUCUUCCCGCCGAGCCCCCUCUACUAUAGCACUGAGCGAUGUUUGCCUGCGUCAGAAUUAGUCACGCACAUGUCUGUCCCAGCAUCGAGGCUUGGGAGGCCAGCAAUGACUUCCAGUGUUGAUUUAAUCCAUCCAUCCAUUCAUCUGUGCAUUUGGCCUCCAUUUCUUGACCUGGUGCUUUGGCCUCUCCCCUUCCCUGAAAGCAAGCCUUUUCAUUUUGGGCGGGCUGUGUAGCUCCACGGGCUGUGGUCAUGAAGCGAACGCCCUUAUUAGAGCUUUCUCCUCCGGGGUCACUGCUCUGAGCACGUCCCAGCUGGACUCAUCCGCCACUGUCACCCACACGGCUUCUGUCCCCAUGGUGCUUUCCCAGGCAUCACCCACCGCGGCGGGUCCAGGGCCGGGGUCCGAGAGGGCCCCCCACCCGUGAGCGGAGGUGUCCUCCCCAGGCCGCCCUGCCUGGUGCAUGGUCCCUGCCAUGAGCUUUGCCUUCAGCCUCUCUGCUUCCCCCACCCGAUGGCAGUGGUUGUAAUUCACCCCUUCAUUCCUUCAUCCCUUCAUUCCUUCGCAAUCGACAAACAUUUCUUCAAAUUAGCUAGUGCUAUGCUAGAGUGGGCUCCCAAGGACUCAUCCCCGAUGUCCUCCUUUUGGAAGACAAGACGAGCAUGGCUGCAAGGGGCCGUGUUUGUGUGGUAGCAAAAGGCUCGACCCUUGGUUCAGCCCCAACUUCGAGAUCCGAGUUCCGUUGGAAGUUUGGUUGCCCUCCCCGACUUUGCUCCUUACAAAACUAGGUCGAUUGGUAAUCAGCAAACCGUGUCCCUGGGUGUUCAGAAAUCAUAACCUGUGUCCUCAAGAGGCCAGAGUGAUGGCUAGGGGGUCUGAGAUGAACGGCUGCUUCCGGCCGUGAGCUGGCUUUUAAGUCAUUAGGACACCCUGAUCUUGCCCGGUGGUGAUCUUAGAGUCGUUCCUGUCCCUUUCGAAAUUAGUUAAUGCUGGGCUCUAUUUAGAGAAAACUGGGAGAGAUGAUUGCUCCCGGAGGUGAUAAGGAGCAUGCCCUGUGCGGGGGUCUGCACAGAAUUUUCCGUUGGCAGACCUGGGCAUCCAAGACACAUGGUACUUCGCAAACCCUGGACGUGGCCCCAAGCAUUCACGUGGGUCCCAGGCACCCCCCCACCCCCACCCCUUUUGCUCACUGCUGCCCGUGGGGGACAAGGCAGAGGUCUUGGGGCCUCUGCUUAGAAUUCUGCUGUGUAUUCAUUGCAUUGGAGAGAGGGCGUAGUGAGCAAAGCCAGGACCCUGGAGCUGGACAAACGUGUGUGGUUUAAACUGACCGUGACAGCUUGAGUCUGUCUUCUGGGACAGAAGCACCCACCUCGCAGGGCUGUUGUGAGGAUUGCUGUAACCAGGGCUUUGAACUGGGAUUCUGACCAGGUGGUGCGCGUGCCCCCGGGGGCUGCUGGGGGUGGGAUGGCAGGCCAGGUGGGGCAGCCUGACUCAGCAGGUUAGCAGGGAAUGGCUUUGCUAGACAUGCAGGGGCACCGUGGGGUAGGGUGCUAAAUUGCUUUGACAUUGUAGGGCUAGACAGGAGUAAUUUUGGCAGGGACCUUUAUGCCGGGGGCAUGGGCCUCUUUGGGCAACACCCUUGCCCCCCCUGGGGUACGCGUUCACGCUCACCUCCGUUAAAGGUUGGAAGCACCCACUGGGUCUUGCCUACCGCUGUGUCUGGCCUGUGGGCGGCACUUACACUCGACCCUCCCUCCGCAAGAGAUCUCUCCUGGCAGUGUCCUCCCCGCUGAGAUAUUAGGCAGCAGCCAUCAAAGACCGCAAUGUCCCCUCUCUCAAUUAACUUUUGGGCUCAAAUGCCAGCAGCCUGGGUGCCUAACACAGUACCAAGCCAGUGGUAGGGGUCGCCUUCCAUUUUUGUUGAAUGGACGCAUGGGUGAAUGGCCAAAUAACGGAUUGUAACCAAAUGCAAGUGGCAGAUGUUAAAACCCUUACUAAGAGUUUGUAUUUCGCUCCUGAUGAACCUGUUAACAAUUGUUGUAUUGUAUCUUACGGACUUCUGUAUGACUCGUGUUGUUUGAAAACCAGGAUUCUUGUUUGGGGUGUCGUGAGAUGAAACUUUUUAGCUGUCUGUGUUCUGUGUUAGGAAUUAGAACCCGGCAGACCCGGGGGGCCACCUAACUAACUGUGCAGUGCUGGGCAAGUCACUUCUCCUCUCUGACCCUUGGUCUCUCUCCUUUUCUCUGAUGGGUCACCAGAAAGCUCCCUCCACUGGGUGGUUGGGAGGCCAGGGGCUGGGUCAGCUAUAACAGAGCUGAUCAAACGCUGGCGCUCAUUGAGGAUCGUCGUAUGUUGGGGGCUGUCCGGCAGGUUCCAAGCCUUUGCGGGAUCUAAGUGAGUUGAAAGUCCGUAUUGAUUUUAUGCUCAGAUUGUAUCUCGACAGUCAAUGGAACGUGUAAGACAGAGGCUGAGCGGUCUGCAAGUAUUUAGCGAGUUGGCCCAGGGUAAAUACUGGUUUGAUUGAGGAGUGACGGCUUUUUUCCUUCCUUGGAGCCUGCCCCCCGACCCCCACGCCAUCCCACUUUCCAUCCAGGCUGCUGCUUCUCACGUGGAGGUGGCAGCAGGCUGGGGGGACUGCUUGGGGCUUGCUGUACCUGUUCAUGCCGUGUCUGAUGGUGGGGGGUCCUGCAGACACCUGUGUGCGCCCCGGGUCGAGUCCGCCAGGCAGGAAGAGGUUUAGAGGGGCUUUUGCUGAUGUCUUCGGGGCCAUCUUCUUCUGCCCUUUAGGGGAAAGGCCCCUGUGCUCCUCAUUUCCUCACCCCUCUUCCUUCUUUCUCUGGCUGCAAGGUGAAGAAAUCGGUCUGCAGUUUCGUCUGGGGGCCUGGAACCAAGCUGGGGCAGGGCUGUUAACCACCAUGCCCCGCAAGCUUCCUGCUUGGUUGGGGGUGUGGGCCCGGUUUCUCGAUGAGGGAGCUGAGAUUCAGAGAGAGCUGGGGAUCAGAGCCAGGGCUGAGCAGUCCUACCUGAGGAGCUAGUGCCCUUUGACCCUGCCAGCCAAUCUCUCCCAGUUACUGUGGCCGGCCUCUGCUGGCCCAUGUGUACCUGGCCCUGCCCCUGGCAGGGGUCACAGUGCGCCACAGCUCAGUUGGGUCCCAGUGGGCCUUGGAAGCUUGGCUGCAUUUGAGAAGAUAUUAGGGGUCAUUUUGGGUUGGGGGGUCUCUUCAGGAGACCCCUGAGUUUCUUUCCUGGCCCUUGUCUCAUGCUUGUGAGACAGAGCAUUCUGCUUUGUCAUCCCCAAACGCCAUCUGCACCCCCAGCCUCUCUCCUGUCCUGCCCUCCCUCUGUGGAAGCCUCACUGGCCUCCCCUUCUUUCUGCCUCCUGGGCGCUCUUUAUGGCCCUCACUGCUGUCCACCUGAUCAGCUCUUUCAGUUGCCUGAGAUUUUACUGUGAGGUCUGGCCUCCAGCCCUGUGCACCCGCCUCCAGGAGCUCUGGCACCGGACUCCCCGGUACUCCCCUCCCUUGGGCUUAGCUUAGGGGGUCCUCGCUGUGUCACUGUUUGACGUCUGCCCCGUGGACAUCACACUUCCUUGAGAACAUGUCUGAGCAGAGGGGGGCCUUGCCUCGGUGCUCCCGAGGGACUCCACGGGAGGGACAGGUGGUAGGCCCCUCCUCCCAGGGGACUCUGAGUCUAUGUUCAGGUGUCUGCUCCCCGAUAGGCCUCGGGCUCCUGGAAGCUUAAGCUUGUGUGUGACCCAGGAUGAGGGAGUCUCCCAGGGGCCCAGUGUUGACAGGUCACCCACCCCUUGAAAUGGGCAGGGCUGGGUCCCCGUUUCCUGAGGGCAGGUGAGGGAGUGGAGGUUCAGUGGGGUCACAGCCAAGCUGUAGUUGAACCCUUACUCUGAGAUUUGUGCUUCUCUGACCCUUCACUUCACUAGUAGAUGCCUAACAGAUGCUCACUGACUGACGAGGCAGGGUUUUUCAUGGACGUGAAGAACUGAAUUGAUGGUCGGCUGAUAGGCAAGUUGAAUCCACAUGUGUUUCUUUAGGAGGAAAGUGUGUUUUUUUGGCAAAGACUCUUCAGGGCAAUUCCUGAGGGUCUCCG